CAGCAACUGCGGCCAUGAGCAAGGGUAACCAGCUCUGUUAUGCCAAUCCGCACGCACAUUAAGACACGAACUGGAUGCAAAACAUGCAAACGACGCAGAGUCAAGUGCGAUGAAGAAUUGCCUAUUUGCAAGAACUGUACGAGGAGAAGCAUAGAGUGCGUCUGGAUCGAUACUUCACAAUCUCACUCGGUGGCACCAGGGACAUCUACCCGUGCUACAUCAAGUACCUCACCUGAAAAUUCCCCUUCCACAAUAUCGAAAUGGACCGGUGCAGGUUCAUUCGACUUGCUGACUCUCGAACUAAUUCAUCACUAUACCACCGCCACUUCGCACACACUCUCACCUGAUCCCGCUAAAGCAUGCGUAUGGGACACCUCCGUUUCGAAACUCGCGUUCGAUCCCAAAAAUCAUUUUCUCCUCUACGCUAUUCUCGCAAUGUCAGCGCUUCAUGCUUACCAUGAUGAUCCCACGGCCAGUCGGUAUUCCGUAGCUGCGAGCACCUACCACUGUCAAGCCAAAAUGGGGCUACACAUGGCAGAAACGGAUGGCGGAAAGAAUGAUGCUAGGGCUGUCUUGAUGGCCUUAUGUCUUCUUGCGAUGUAUGAGUUCGCUACGUCAUCCAUGGUCUCCUUAUCCGCGGGCGACUGGAAUGUCAUAGCCCGUAAGGUUGCGAAACUCUGGCCACAGCGUGUCCUGCGUCCGAUGUUAUUCAUGGUGUCUACAUCCUCGGAAGAACCGUUUUCAUCAUCUCUGUUGACACUUGUGAGCACAGCGCACCCGUCGCCGCCGGAUCUUGAGGAACUACAGGACAUAUCAGUAUAUGCUGCGUAUAAGGAAUCGAUCCGUAUCCUCGAGAUAUCAUGGAAAGCGUCACUUCAAAAUUGGGACGCGGCGCUUUGGUGGUGGGUAAUGGCACCCAAUACUUUCUUUCGUCUGUUGGCAGAGGGGAAACCGCGUGCACUGAUCAUCUUGGCGCAUCACUGUGUUUUGAUGAAACGGGUGGCGGAGGACGGGCCAUGGUGGGCGAAAAGGCAGUGGGGCGUCGAGGCGGCGAGGAUUCUCUCUGCGCUCGAUACGCGAUGGAUGCCGUGGCUAGGAUGGCUCUGGAGUCAGUUGGAUGAGGAUCAGGCGUUUGAUGUUGUGGAUAGGAAUUUUAUGAAUUGGUUGAGUGAAGUGUCGUCUGCGUCAUUGCUUAAUACCUCUUGAUCUGGUAUGCAUUUCAUGAGGAAUUAUACCACUGAUUAACUUGAAUUUUUAAGUAUGGACUACGGCUACGAGUCUAAUAGAAAUAGAUGUGUAGAUUAUCCUGACUUUCUUUUGUGACAUGCGUAUAUAUCUUUUGCUGUGUAUGUGCUUUUUUUUGAUGUAAACGUCUUUUUUAAAUAAUUCACACCAGUAAUAUCAAC